CGCUUUUUUUUUUUCUCGUAAACAUUAAAAGUCGAAUCAGGUUGCUCCAAUCUCUGGUUUCCCCGGGUUUUGUACAAGUUGUGUGAUGUUUCCUGUUUGCGAUAGCUCACAAAAAAAAACAAAUAGCGGUGACUGACUUUUGGACGGAAACCCAAAUAUAUAAUUGUUAUUCCACAAGAAAGAAAGAAAAAAAAAACUCUUUCGACAUCUUGACUAAAAACCAAAAAAAAAAAAAAGCAAGAUGUCUGUCUCAUUAAGUCUUGUAUUCAACUCUAUUGGACUUGCUUCCAAUACAUAUGCUCUGCGUUUAAUUAAUUCCCCAGAAUUUGCCAACCCGCAAUUUCUUGGUUUUGGUGGACAAUAUCAGUAUUUGACUAUCCUUGGUUUGGUUACUGCUACAAUUGCCUUUUCAUUGAAAACGAUUCGCCACUUUAUUCCCAACUUUUCUCCAGCACUGUAUGAGGUUGUCACGAAUAUUGCCACACCCUUGGAAGGCCUUAUUAGUGUCUUAUACUGGACAAUGAUGCUGCUGGAUCCUCAUUUGUUAAUCCCCAAAGAUUAUCCCGGAAUUCCUAUUAUGAUGGAUUUAACACUCCACUUAUUCCCUGCUGUUUUUUUGUGGAUUGAUUUCUUAGCGUUUGAUACGCAAUUCAAGCGAUCCGACAGACAUGUUAAGGUAAUUGGUGCCUUUGCUGUCUUUUACUUUAUUUGGUCGUGGUACUGUCAAUCGGUUAAUGGGUUCUGGGCCUAUCCUUUCUUGGCUGAUUUCAAUCUGCUUAUGCGUACUGCCUUCUUUGCAGGCUCAGGGCUUUUGUGUUGGGGAAUGUAUGAAGUAGGAGCCAAAAUCCAUCUUAAAAUCCAUGGCAGACGUCUCCCCAUUCUUCAAGCCAAAGAGACCUAUCUCAUGCAAUAAAAUAUGACAAAAAAAAAAUUGUGUUGUUGAUUGACGUCACGAAAAAAAAAAUUCAAAAA